AUGGCUGUAGUCGAAGCUGUGCUUGGAACCAAUCAGGCCAAUAUCCCUUCACGAUACAGAGUGGAACCAGGCUCCUGCGAUAUUGCCAUUGGUAUCUACCCCGAAACAAGCACAUCAACCCCCUCAAAUCCCGACAAUCUCGCAACAGACGUAAUCAACAAAGCAAACAUCGCUCUGGAAAAGAAAGAUGCCAGCGCCCUUUCUGCACUAUUCAUAGAAAAUAGCUACUGGCGAGACCACUUAUGCCUGUCAUGGGAUUUCCGAACUGUAAAGGGCCGCGAGGCGCUAGUCAAAUAUGCCACUGCAAGCUCAUCAUCCCUCAACAUCCAAAUUGACCGGUCUUCUCCUUUUAAAGCGCCGCGUACUGGACCCAUUGAUGCCUUUGGAGAUGUGCAUGGAAUUGAAUUCUUCAUUCUGGUUACUACUGACCUUGGCUCUGGGACUGGGGUUGUGCGAUUAGCACAGCAGGGGGAUCAGUGGAAAAUUUUUACGAUUUUCACUUCCUUGCGAGAGUUGACCGGCUAUGAAGAGGUAACUGGAAGACAUAGACCGCUUGGUGCUCUGCAUGGAGCGCAGCAUGGGAGGAAGAACUGGCUGGAUCGGAGGAAUGCAGAUGUGAGCUUUGAGGAGAAAGAUCCUGCAGUUCUAAUAAUCGGUGCUGGCCAGGGUGGCCUUACUGCUGCUGCGCGUCUCAAGAUGCUAGACGUUGACACAUUGAUCAUCGAUCAAGAAGAUAGAAUCGGAGAUAGUUGGCGACGUCGCUAUCACCAGCUUGUUCUGCAUGACCCUGUCUGGUUUGACCAAAUGCCCUAUCUCCCAUUCCCAUCGUCUUGGCCUGUUUUCACGCCCAAGGACAAACUUGCCGAGUUCUUCGAGUCCUACGUGAAACUGCUUGAGCUGAAUGUCUGGGUAAAGACUGAGCUGAAGUCCUCAGCUUGGGAUGAGAGCAAGAAGCAGUGGACCGUUGUCCUGCAGCGCGAAAAAGAAGACGGUUCAACUGAAUCCCGCACUCUCCAUCCGCGCCAUGUUAUCCAGGCCACUGGUCAUUCCGGGAAGAAGAAGGCUCCUGAUUUUCCUGGAAUAGAGAACUUCAAGGGUUAUCGCAUCUGUCAUAGCUCUGAAUUUCCUGGCGCAGACUCGAAUGCGAAGGGCAAGAAGGCUGUUGUGAUUGGAUCUUGUAAUUCUGGUCACGAUAUCGCACAGGAUUACUUUGAGAAGGGAUACGAUGUCACAAUGGUGCAGCGCAGCUCAACCUGCGUCGUGAGUUCAAAGUCUAUUACUGAAAUAUCCAUGAAGGGUCUGUACGAGGAGGGUGGACCUCCGACGGAAGAUGCAGAUAUCUAUCUUUGGAGUAUUGCACCCGAGCUGUUCAAAGCGCAGCAGCUCAAGGUCUCGAAAGCAGUGGGCCAGAACGAUGCGAAAAUCCUUGCUGGAUUGGAGAAGGUCGGUUUCAAGGUUGACUCUGGCCCUAUGGAGACUGGACUCAUGAUGAAAUACUUCCAGCGAGGCGGUGGCUAUUACAUUGAUGUAGGAGGUAGCCAGUUGAUCAUUGAUGGGAAGAUAAAGGUGAAACAAGGACAGGAGAUAAGUGAAAUUCUUCCUCACGGAAUCCUCUUUGCGGAUGGAUCGCAGUUGGAGGCGGAUGAAAUUGUCUUUGCGACCGGCUAUCAGAAUAUGAGGAGCCAGGCUCAAAUGAUCUUUGGAGAUGAAGUCGCAGACCGUGUCGGCGAUGUCUGGGGAUUAGACACCGAGGGUGAGUUCCGCACUAUAUGGCGUCGCAGUGGUCAUCCCGGUUUCUGGUUUAUGGGUGGCAAUCUUGCUCUAUGCAGAUACUACUCGCGACUAUUGGCGUUGCAGAUAAAAGCGCUAGAAGUAGGUAUUGCUACCUAA